AUUCUGAUUGUGAAACUGGAUGAAAGAGAUCUAGUUCUCUGCUUCUCCAAUUUCAUCUGAGAUUCUCAAAUAUGGAAUCAAAUCUCUUUUAUCUAUGUGCCAAUUUUGGCAGAAUCUAUCGGCAAUUGGCAGGAAGAGUCCCAGGCUCGGGUCUCCGAUGAACUUGAAGUAGUCCUAAGUAAUAUCAUUUCUGAUUUUGGCAGAGACUUUGGUGUCAUAAACUACCAAGUAGUGAGUAUUGAUUCUGCUAUGUUUAUUUUCUAUCUGUAUCUGUAUUCUGAUCCUAAAUUACCCUUCAAAAUUAAUAUUUUCUACCAAGUAGUGAGUAUUUAUAUAACCAGUCUUCCAGGUGCAUAGAUCUUUCAAAUUUAAUCAUUUCAUUGUCUGAUUCUGCUUAUUAUUGAUUCAAUUUUUUAUUAUCAUUGAUUUCUGGUUAUUUACCACAUUCUAUUGUGCACUGGAUGGUGGAGGUGUGCCACACAAUUUCUGUGUUUUAAUGAGAAAUCCAAACUCCAAAGUAGGCUAUUUGCUUCCAGAUUUCCACCUUCCUUUGCUAGGAUGCAGUUUGAAACAGCUUUGUAAAUAACCUCCCUUAUGAAUAUACAAGAGAUUUCAGAGACAAAAAGAAGUGGCAAAAUCUUUGCUAGUGGUUUUGCAUUGGAGCUUCCCACCUUCAUCCCCAAUUUCUGCAGUUAUGAUGAUGGAACUCCUGUAAACAUUGCAGCUGCUCAACCAAAAGCUAUUGGAAUCUCAGGACCUUCUAAGAAUAAUUACACUCAAAGCAAUGUGGUUUCACCAUUCUACAAAAUAGGGUCGGCUCAAUCAAGCUCAAAGCCAUCGUCCAUUCAAGGAUGGCAUGCAACCAUGAAGGAUGCUGUGAGUAAAGAAUUAAAUCUUUUGUGCCCUCAAAGAGCUUAAGUAUCUGGAUGCUUUUGUUUUCAAAAAUAUUUGCAUCUUUAAUUUUCUCUAGUAGAGAUAUGUUAUAAUGAGUAGUAUUAUUUGCUGUCGUAGCAUGCUUCAUAUCCUGAUCUGGGUGCAGCUACUUUCUUCUUUGGUGUAUGUGAUGGUGCGUUAGGUAAGAAUUGGAUGCCUCAAAUAAGGUAGCCUAACCGAGAUAAUGUAAAGAUUAGAUGGCUUAAGUGUUCAGUCCCUAACAUUUGACUGAAUAAUUACAAGCAGGGCAGAUUCUGAUUGGAAGCAGUAAUACAUAAAAAUCGAGAGGAAGGACUGGGAAUUUUCAAUUGAUUUGGUUUCCAGAAAUUCAGGGUUUCGAAAUGAGGUUACCUUCAAAGUGUUUAAAAUGAGCAAAGAUGUAAUGAUGCUGGUAGUGAUUCUGAAAAUGAACAACUGAUGAUGGUAUGACGAAAUGGGGAAGAGGAAGAUGCAAGUCUUGUAGAGGCAUAUGGACGCAUGUGUUCUUCAUCAAAUGGACACUUAGGUCCUGAGUGCAGACAAUAAUUCUGUUGAGGAAGCAAAACCUCUGCUUCUGAAAAUAAGCCUUCAUUCCUCCUUGGACUAUAGCAUUCUUUCUUAUGCUUGGACAAUUUCUAUGCUUUAAUGGGAAUCUAAAGUAUCUGGUUUUGCCUUUUUAUCUGCACCUUCCUUUGCCAGGAUAUGGAUGCAGUUUGAAACAGCUUUUGUAAAUAACCUCCUUUAUGAAUCUAAGUUGAAUGCCUUUUUAUGUUGGCCCAAUCCCUCCGUUUAUGCUGUUCUUUUACUUUAAAAUUAGUAAUGACCAAUACUUACUGCGUGAUUAAUUAAGUGCUAAACUUCAA